AAUAUUUUAAUAUUCACAUUCUCUGUUUUACCUGUUGACACAAUCUCUUCAAUGAAUGUAUUAUAUAACGCAUCGUAAAUGUAGAUUUUCAGUAUCGUUUACUAGCUGGAAACGUACGCUGCAUAACCGACGAAUCGUGCGUGCGGUGCGUGUGUGAGAAAAAAAAAAACAAGAUUCAAUAUUUUCCUAGUCAUCUCAAGAGAAUAAACAUAUUCACAAUCAGAUUGUGUACAAAUGGCGGAUCAAGAAGAAAAAAUCAAGGUAUGUGUGAUUGGUGCUGGUGCAGCUGGUUUGUGCGCAAUCAGACAUUUGGCGGCAAAUGCGAAAUUCGAGACAACAGUUUACGAGCAAACGAAUGAAAUAGGAGGUAUAUGGGUUUACAAGGAACAAGCCGACUUUGAUGAAAAUGCCUUAUCGAUCCACUCCAGCAUGUAUCAAAAUCUAAGAACUAAUUUACCUGCAAAGAUAAUGAAUUUCCCAGAUUAUAUUACAAUGGAAGCGCAAGAACCCUGCUGCGUGAGUCAUCAGGAGAUUUUAAAGUAUUUGGAAAAUUACACUCAACACUUUGAUUUAUGUCGACAUAUUCAAUUUAAUACAAAAGUCGAACACGUUCGACUUGAAUUAUCCGAACAUUGUAAUAAAGAAAAAUGGUCUGUCCAAGUGAAAAAGUUAAAGACAAACGAAAUAAAAAUGCAGUAUUUUGAUGCAAUUAUGAUUUGUAAUGGACAUUAUUUCGAUCCUUAUGUACCGAUUAUACCUGGCAUCGACAGUUUUCCAGGUUUAAUAUUGCACAGUCACGUAUAUAGAAAGCCGGAUGAGUUUUUCGGGAAAAAAGUGUUGGUAUUAGGUGCAGCUUCAUCUGGUAUUGACAUAGGAAUCGAUUUAUCCAAUUAUGCUGCUUGCGUAUACUUAAGCCACAAUCACGAUAGAUUAACAAGUCCUUUACCAUUGAAUAUGAUACAAGUAGCUGGUAUCGAAAAUAUACACGAAACUACAUUCCGCCUCAGAGAUGGAACUACUAUUGAUGGUAUAAACGUUUUACUUUUCUGUACUGGAUACAAAUACAGCUUUCCCUUUUUGAAUGAGAAUUGUGAUAUACGGAUUGACAAUAAUUAUGUGACACCGCUUUACAAACAUCUCAUUAACAUCAAACACCCUUCGAUGUGCAUUAUCGGUAUACCUAUGGCCGUUGUGCCGUUUCCUAUGUUUCAUAUGCAGGUGCAAUAUUUCCUGGCUUUAUUAGAGGGCCGAGUGGCUUUACCUACAAAAUCUGUUAUGUUGGAAGAUUCGAUUUUAAAAACACCAAAGAAAAGACACGCGCAUAAGCUAAUGGAUCGCCAAUGGGAUUACAACGAUUCAUUAGCGACUGUUGGUGGAUUUAAUCGGUUACCACUCUUUUAUAAAAUCGGUUAUAGAGCAUGGUCAGUUCAAAGAUCUGCGAAUCUUUUACGUUAUAAAGAUUCCAAAUUUGUCUUUUCUGAAGAUGGACAAAGCGUCGAGUUAAUUAUACCGGAAUAAAGUCCUGUAAAAUUCUAUUAUAUUAAACGUUUCCUGAUAAUUAUAACCAAUUUUUUGAUAACAAU